AAAAUAUCGUCUGCUAGUAAGCGCUGACGUAAACAUUUGUUGUUGAUCUUUUGUUGAUAUUUCUUGUUAUUUACUGAAUUAAUAAUAAUAUAGUGUUAAAAUAUACUGUUUAUCAUAAUGACGGAAAUAAAUUGGUCUUGGCAGUUUAGUUUUCCUCCCUUUUUCACACUUCAACCUCAUUCCGAGACGAGAGAAAAACAGUUACUUGCGUGGAAGAAUUUAGUUUUAGAAUAUUAUAAAGUUACAAAACAAGCAAUUGUAGAUAUUCGUGAAGUUCAAUCGAGUCCAUUAUUUAACAACACAGCCAUAAACAGAAAAUUACCUUCGGACGUGGUUCUUUUAAUUUUAGAGGAAUUAUCAAAAUCAGGAAAUGCCUGCCCUCUUGAUAAAGCGAAACAAAGAUGGUUAGUUUAUUGGCAUACAUUAGAAGAAUGGGGAGAAAUUGUCUAUAAUUGGGCUCAAGAAAAUGGUUUUGUUGGAUCCGUUUGCACAUUGUUUGAAUUGACACAAGGAGAAGACACUGCAGAUCAAGAAUUUCAUGGACUCGACACCGAAGUUUUAAUCAGGUCGUUAAAAAAGUUGGAAGUCUCUCAGAAAGCUGAAUUAAUUAUGUUUGACGAUAAUCAGGGAGUGAAAUUCUUUUAAAGUUUAAUUUCAAAUCAAAAAUUUAUUAUAGCAAUUAUUUUAUUUAUUAAGAUUUUCAAAAUAUAUAACAAGAAAUGUUUAUACUUAAAAAUAUAUAAGAAAGUGGUCAAUAAGUUUCUCAAAAAGUGAUUAAUUUUAAUAAUUUCAUUUUUAAUUAAUAAUAAUUAAGUAACAGUUGAGUUUUUAAAAUACAUUAUUCAUUUUUUGAAGUUUUGUUUCAUACUAUAAACACUGAAAACUUUAAAUAGUAUUCCUUUUAGAAAUUUGUAGUUUCUGAGUGAAAAACUUUACAAAAAUUAUAAAUAUAAAUAUAAAAUUAUAAACAAUUUUCGUAAAUUUUAUUUAAAAAAAAAUAUUUUCCUUUUCUAAUUAAAAUAGUUGUGUCGGUUCUUUCAUACAUUGAAGACAUUAAUAAAUCUUUGGUAAAUAUAAAUUUCAAAGUGAAAGCGUAUUUUUUUGUAAUUUACAAUGUUAUGGAGAAAUUACUUAUUGGGAAAUAAUUUCUAGGGUAAGAUUACAUUUUUAACACAGUCAAUAGGUUUUUUUUCUCUGACGAAAAAAUUUGAUUGUUAUUCGGUAAUAUUUUUUCGUUCUCUUACUUUUGCUUCCUCGUGGAGGAAGCUUUGUAGUCGUUUAAUUUACAAAAUUUUUAAAAAUCCUUUAAACAAAAUUUCUUCUAUAUAGGACUAUGUUAUAUAAGACCCUGAACAAUUGUCCGGAUGUAC